GCUCACUCUUUUUUUUUAACCCUGUCUUGCUCACGCUGUCAUUCUAUUUGUCCCUUUACUCUUUUCUCAAUCAAAAAGACUAUGUUUCCUGGACAGUUGUACAAGACUGAAUCUGGACGGCUAUUCCAUGCUGGGGCCAUCGCUAUCAUUCUUGUCGGACUGCCUGCACGCGGCAAGACCGCCAUCUCUCGAUCGCUUUACCGUUAUCUCCGCUGGCUCGGAGUACAGACUAUGGUCUUUAGUGUUGGCAAUUAUCGUAGACAAAUCGUUGGAGUCGAAGUAACAAAUGACUUUUUCAGUCCAGCCAAUAAGGCUACAGCAGAGAUGCGUGCAAGGAUCGCAAACGCCUGUCUCGACGACAUGAUGCAGUGGUUUGCCAGCGGAGGACAGGUCGGUAUCCUCGAUGGUAGCAACACCACCGAGGAACGGAGGCAGGAACUUGUCAAUCAGUUCAAGGCUUGCAAUGUCCACCCCAUGUUUAUUGAAACUAUCUGCGAUAAUCCUGCUAUAGUAGACGCCAAUAUCCGAAGCGUCAAAAUUUCAUCACCUGAUUAUGUUGGGUGGGAUCGUGCUGAUGCUGUUGAGGAUUUCAAGCGAAGGAUCGAAAACCAUGUACCAUAUUACACAACCAUCACAGAUCUCAGUCUCACUUUCGUCAAAGUCAUCAAUGCUGGAGACAAAAUUAUCGUUAACAACGCACAGGGUUUCUUACAGAGCAAAAUUGUGUAUUUCUUAACAAAUCUACACAUUAAUCAACGGAUUAUCUAUUUUGCAAGAAAUGGAGUAUCGCUUAAUGAGCAGUCAUACAGAGCAGAUGCUCCUUUAGCACCCACAGGUCAUCGAUAUGCAGAAAAUCUAAAGAAUUUUCUCUUGACACUUCGGGAAAGCAGUUCAUUGUCACCCACUUUAACCGGUACACCGGAAGCACCGCGUCAGUUAACGGUGUGGACUUCAUCUCGCAAAAGGAGCUUCCAAACCGCAGCGCAUUUUUUGGAUCAUGAAGAAAUCAUUGUUCGUCAACGCAGUGUACUGGCAGAGAGAAAUCCAGGUGUUUGUGAUCAGAUGACCCCACAGGAAAUAGAGGAAAAAUACCCAGAUGAGUGUUUACGGGCCAAAAAGGAUCCCUAUCGUCACCGGUUCCCGCGCGCUGAGUCUUAUUAUGAUCUUGCCAACCGCCUAGAAAAAGUCAUUUUAGAACUGGAACGGGAAAAGAAUGAUGUUCUUAUUGUGGCGCAUGAGAGUGUUCUUCGUUGCCUCUACGGAUACUUGCACGGUCUUCCUGAAGCUGAAAUUCCAAGCCUUGAGAUCCCUGAGGGCGUCUUGUUGGAGCUGAUCCCCACAGCAUAUGCUAUUGAAGAAAGGCGGCACAAGAUUCCGGACACAGUUGCCAGUAUUAAUUGGCAGCAGCAAACAGCUGAUGUCAUGUUCCUUGCAGGAAAUGUCCCUGCAUCUCCAAUGUUCAUGGAUCACUAUCUACCAGAUUCGUCCUCAACAUCCUCGCCCUCCUCGUCCAUACUUGCUCUCUAGUCCCCAAUCCUCAUCAGGGAGACGGAUGGGUUACAAUGAUAUG